AUGACUGGGACUAGGGAAAGAGAGGGGGACGGGGAGAAAGAGAGAGGGGGUGAGAGAGACAGACAGUCAGAGAGCAAGAGAGAGAAAGCUGCACUCAGCUCUUUUGUGCAGGACUUCCCCACCCUAAGGAAGAUAGCGUAAACCAAAAAGGACAAGGACAGCACCCUGACAUCUCCCCUCACCUCAGGCACUCCAACAGCAGGAGCCCAGGCCCAGACCCACACAGCAGGUCUGUCCUCCCCCCUGCCUGCCUACGACCACCAGAGCCAAGACCACACUACCAUCAGCCUGCUGAGAGACAGGCCGGCUCUGUUAGAGGUAUGGGUUACUGAGCUAAAGGAGCAGCCCCCCCCAGCUACACCAUCUCCAGCCCAGACACAGAGCUUCUACAGGACCAGAUCAACCAGUGCAGGACCCAGCUGAAGAACUCUGUCCAGGAGCUGAGAGAGAGCCUCACCACAGCGCUUGAGGAGGUAAAUGCCACCAUGAGGAGAGAGCUAGUGCACGUAAAGGAGGAGAUGGCAAAGGAGAUGUCUGUCAUCAAGAGGGUGCUGCAGCAUAGAGAACAGACUGUAGAGACCCCUAGAGAGAAGCUGCAGCCCCUCACCAAACCCCCCCGCCCCCCCUCCCAUACCGACCACCCAUUACCCACACCCCCAGUCAACAAGGAGGCUCACAUGGGGACACCUACUACAGAGAGAAGCUCUCUGGCCCCCCUGACACACCCCUACACACCCCUCCUUGUACACAGGCCCUGUGUACCCCAGCCCCAGCCCCAGACCCACUACUCUGGUAAAACCCAAUGA